GUGCGGUACAGUCGAGCCAUGCACUCACUCUCGGCCACGCUGCUUCUGCUGGGCCUUCUGGCCAGUGUCUUGUCGCUGCUGCUGCUGCGGUUCUUCAGGAGGAGGAGGAAGACCUGUGAUGACAACCUGCCCCCGGGACCCAGACCCUGGCCCAUAAUCGGGGACCUCCACCUGUUCGGGGACUACCCCAACCCUUUCAUCGCCUUCACCGCGCUCUCCAAGAAGUACGGGACCGUCUACCGCCUCAUGAUGGGCUCCACCCCGUGCAUCGUCGUCAACUCCUUCGAACUCAUCAGGGAAGUCCUCAUCACCAAAGGGGCGCAUUUCGGUGGACGCCCUAACUUCAUCCGGUUCCAUAAGCUCUUCGGCGGUGACAGGAACAAUUCUCUAGCACUGUGUGACUGGUCGUCCCUACAGAAGACCCGGAGAAAUAUAGCUAGGAUUUACUGUUCGCCCCGCUUCGCCUCCACCAACUACGACCAGCUGAGCCGCGUCGGCUGUGCCGAGACAGCCGAGCUCAUCAAGGCCAUCGACUCUCGCCUAGCCGCAGGGCAACAUCAGCUUGGUAUCAAGCCGCUGAUCCAGGCCGCCUGCUGUAACAUGUUCACUCAGUACAUGUGCAGCACAAGAUUCGACUACGAGGACAAGUGGUUCGCGAAGACGGUGCGAAACUUCGACGAGGUCUUCUGGGACGUAAAUCAAGGGUACGCAGUGGACUUCCUGCCCUGGCUUCUGCCCUUCUACAAGCGCCACAUGGACCAGCUGGUCUCCUGGACGAAGGAAGUCAGGCAGUUCAUCAUGACCAGAAUCAUAAUGGACCGCCAGAAGAACCUGGAUCACGAAAACCCGAAGGACUUUACCGAUGCCCUCCUGAUCCACCUGGAACAAAACCCGGACCUCAGCUGGGAACACGUCAUGUAUGAACUGGAGGAUUUCUUAGGCGGCCAUGCUGCGAUCGGAAACCUCACCAUGCUGGUGCUCGCUGCCGUCCUCAAGCACCCGGAAGUGGGAGACAAGAUCCGGCAGGAAGUUGAUGACGUCACUGGAGGCAACCGAGAUGUAAACCUCUUCGAUCGUCCCCAGAUGCCGUAUACAGAAGCCGUGAUGCUGGAGGUCCUGCGAACAUCGUCGUCCCCUAUAGUACCUCAUGUCGCCACUGAGGAUACAACAAUUGGAGAGUACAAUGUGGCCAAGGGAACAGUGGUGUUCUUGAAUAACUACGAGCUGAAUUUGGGAGAUGCCCAUUUCAAACAACCGGAAAAAUUUCAGCCGGAACGAUUCGUCGAGAAGGGCAAAAUCAAGAAGCCUCAAGAGUUUAUCCCCUUUAGCACCGGCAAGCGAACCUGUAUCGGUCACAGGUUGGUGCAGAGCUUCUGCUUCACGCUGAUAGCCAGUUUACUGGGCCGCUACCACAUCAGCGCUGACCUCAGCACGGUCAAGACAUAUCCUGCAUGCGUCGCCCUUCCUCCAGACACCUUUGACAUCCACUUCACCGCGAGGCAGAGGCACUAGGUUAUCUCUCUUGAUAAGUUUCUUCUCGACUGCAAUAGAAAUUCAUCACGCUGUUCUUCAUUUUAAUCUCUAAACCCAUCCAGGUGCUAUCCACCCAAAACCGUCUUUGUAAGGUCCUUCAUCUGCAUGACUUCUAUUUCAUUGUCUCAAACACCCUCUUAAAAAUACUCCUAAGAAGUCACGUUCAUGACUUCACUCUUCUUAUGUCUACUUCUCUUAUCAUCUUUUCACAAAUCUCUUUGAAAGUCUUUCAUCUACAUUCUCCUAUUCCCACUGAUUAACAGAUUACCCUUUCAAUAAAGCAUCUUCAUGCCCUCCUCUUCCAAAUACCUUUGAAAGCAUAUUGCUUAUUUCCUUUUCUAGUGCAUUUUAUUCUUGCCAAGAUAUAAAUUAUGUAGUAACGUAACGUCUAAGACCUUUGGUAUUGUAUUCACAAACUAAUAUAAAAUUAUAUAUUUUAGUGUGUUUUAACUUGUGUGUAGAAUGUAGUAUAGAUUUACAUUAUGGUGAAAGACUUAUCCAGCACUUGUAACCAAAUAAUGAUUUUAUAUGAGACUGAAUAUUGUUGAUUAUUUUAAGAGCUCGAUUAUUGUUUUAUUAUUUUUGUGUGACUGUGUGUGUGUGUACGUGUGAGAGAUUUUACAUUUAACGAUACCUCAUUUAUGCAUCAUUAUUCAACGAGCCUUGUUUAAAUAUUUAUACUCAUAUCAUUGUAUAUAGGACGUUUUUUAUUUCAUGGUGUCCCUCAGACAUUAAGGUGGCAAAGCUUUAGUCGCUAUUAGGUGUUGUUUAUAUUUUCAGAAUAUUACGAAGAAGAUACUGCAAAAUGCUAUAUAUUUGUCCUUACUAUUAAUAAUUAAAUUAAAAGAAUGGCCAGAACACAAUCUUUCACACAAUAUAUAUACCCAAGUGUGAACGUUAAUCACACACUAACUAAUAGAGCUACAAUAACGGGAGUUGCAGUAAAAUUUAGCUUGAGUAUUUCCGCAUUUAGAUAUAAAGCAAAUUUAUAAAUAAUAAUUUUCAUUUUUCAUGUGUCUAACAACGAAAAAAGGUUCCGGUAUUGGCGCUUUUCAACCAGAUUGUAACUUAGAACAUUCGUAAUUCGGAAAUGUGUUAUCAGAUUAAUAUUAAAUUUGUGUGCAAUAUAGGUCACAGUUUAAUAUUUUUUAUGUAAUUUUGGAGUUUUAUAGUGAAAUAAAAGGUUUUCGAAUGGUUUUGCCUCGCUAAUCAGGUGGUUUCUAUGAUCAAACAAGUCCCUGUCCAAUUAAAUCUGUAUUAAAAUUUAACAUUUUAAAUAGUGGUUUAGAAAUAAUUAAAGCUUCUGUUCAAUUAAAUCUGUGUUAAAAUUAAACAUUUCAAAUAGUGGUUUACAAAUGUACACAUCUAAAACAUUAAUUUUCUGAAAGCCCCAUAAGUGACCAAUAUGGAAUUUGUUUAACCGCCCGGGAAAAACCAAAUUUUAAUGUAGCUCUAUUUGUUAGUUUAUGGUUGACAUUCAAUCCCGAGUAUAUAUACUUUUUAAUUCGAGAGUAAACGCACUUCGCAUGAACUGGGAACAGACAUUUGAUCGCGAGGUUCAUAGUAAUUUGUAUCUCUCUUAUUCCUGGAAAAGUGACGCAAGUUAUCUCUGGUCUAUUCAGAAUAGUUAUGUGAUUGACAAAGUAGCCUAGUGGAACAGUAAGGUAUAUUUAUUUUUUAAACAAUUUAAUCUAUUUAAGGAUGAAUUACUGAUUGCCAUACCAGUAUUGUGUUUCUGUAAAUAGUUUGUAAAUAUUUGUACAUAUUUUCCUUUUAACUUUGCAAUAUCUGACCUGCAAUAAUGUACUAAUUUAAUUUUAGUUAUUUUCUACCCAAACCAAAACUGUGUGUGUUAAAACUAUAUUGUCUCACUGCUUAACUUGUAUUUAUAUUUAUUUUGUUGAUUAAUUUUAUUCAAUUUCUUAUCUCAUAAACCCAUCCACCGCCAGUACAAUCAAAUAUAAGUCUGCCUUUAACCACCUAGAUGUAUUUUAUUAUGAGUUUUUAGAAUAAAAUAUAUAUAUUGUGUUGAAAC